AUGGCUUUCGCGCUAGGAGAUCAUCAGCUUAUGGCAGGAAGGAUGGAUGAGCUCCCUAUUGAUAUAAUAAAAGGGGAUGGAGUACCGGAACCAGAGCCAGUACAACUCAAUCAAAGUGGGAGCCGGUUCAAGUCAGUAUUGCCGGGCGAGUCAGGUGCUAGCGGAAGUCGUAACGAAAACCGUUCGGAAAAGUCUAGUUCCGAGUUAGAAGGGCUGCUAAUAAAGCCGAUAGGUAGGUCGGUGGUUGAGCGACUUGAAGCUUCUUCUGCUGAAACUGCUAAUGUGGCUGACCUAGAUGUGGCAUCUCUUGCCGCCCAUUAA